AUGUCAGAAGACGAGAGAUACCGGACAUCGACCCAGUACCGUCUCUGGUCCUACACCCCUCAAUCCCUCCACGCGCUGCGCUCAACCACAAACCAAACGGCCGCCGACCGCGUUCGCGAAGCCGUGCGACGCCUGCGCGAAGCUCGCAUCAUCUCCUCAGCCGACACGAGUGAAGCAGAGAAUGGGCUCCCGCCGGAGGGGCCGGUGAACUGCUUGACGGUGGAUGAGGAGCUGAGGCUUGUAGCGUUCUAUUGCAGGGAGACUAUGAAGCUGGGGGACCAUUUGAAAGUGCCUACGGAUGUCAAGGCCACGGCAAUCCAAUACAUAAAGCGUUUCUACCUCACCAACUCUCUCAUGACCUACCACCCGACCGACAUCCUGAAAACCGCCCUCUUCUUCGCUACCAAGACCGAGAACCACUACUUCCGUCUUACGAAAUUCGCAGAUGCCAUCGGCAAGACGAAGCCAGAAGACGUGCUUGCCUCUGAAUUCCUACUUACGCAAGGCCUGAGGUUCACGUUCGAUGUACGUCACCCGUUCCGAGCUUUGGAGGGGGCUGUCAUGGAGUUACAAGCUAUGUCAUUGGGAAAUAUACCUGCCCUUCCUGGCGGAGAAAAGCUCAACGGAGACCGGCCACGCAAUAUGGGGAAAAGAGUUAAAGAAGCACAUGGCAAGGCUAGGGAUUACCUGAAGACGAGCGCCUUGUUGACGGAUGUCUAUUUUCACUUCACGCCGAGCCAGAUCAUGAUGGCAGCGCUGAUGCUUGCGGAUUCCGAGCUCUUGGAGUGGUACAUCCAGAUCAAGAUUCCUGCUUCUGCGGGGGAUGUGCAGCACAAGGUAUUCGGUGCACUGCAAAAGUGUGCUGCGAUGCUCAAGACUGUCGAUCCGAGCUCAGAGCCUUCUGCUGUCGAUAGGAAGGAAUUGCAGGUCUUGGCUAAGAAACUGAAGCUGUGCAGGAAUCCAGAGAAAAUGGACUUGGUGAAGUUGCAGCGCGAGAAGAGAGAGGGGGAGGAGGGUGAAGAUGAGAAGAUCAUCAAGAAGCGAAAACUCGAAAUGGAGAGGUCUGCUGCUGAUGAUCUGUUUGGGCCGGAAAUCAAAAAGUCGUAG